AUGCCGGGCGCCCCCUCGGGCCUCCGGGGCCCAGCUCGUCCGGCGCAGCGGGCUGGGGUCGCGCCCGCCUCUCUCCGGGAAGCCCGCGCUGGCGCAGUCGGCUGUCCUUCGCUUCAGCCCCAGCAGAGAAUCAGAGAAAAAAUAAAGUUUUUCCCCUUCCGCCCUCGUGCCUUUUUUUCUUCUUCUGGGUUUCGCCUCCCUGACGUAAGCGGCUACCCGCAGCGGAAGCGGGCGCCGGGGGCCCUGGGCCCGCCCUGGUCUGCAGCCCCCGCCGCCGGCCCGGGCGCCCCGCGGGCUCGGGCGUCGGGAGAGCCGGGCGGGCGCGGAGCCUCGGGCGCCCGGCCAGGGCCCGCUGGCGAGCCUCGGAGCGGCGCCGGAGGCUGGGAGAGGGCCGCAGCGGGGCAGGCCCGCGGCGCUGCCCACCCCAGAGGCGCCGGCGACGCUCGGAGCUGGACGCGGGAGGCCCGGCUCGCCCCUUCCCGGCCAGGCGGGCUGCGCCGCUCCCGCCGCCGCGCGCUGUGGGCGCGGGCUCCCUGCACCCGAGCGCGGGCCCGCGCGGCCGAGGGAGGCGGGAGCCCCGGCGAGGGAGCGCGCGGGGGCGCCCUGGGCCCCAGCCAACCUGCCGCCGCCCGGCUUUCCGCAGCCUCGCCUGCCCGGGCUCGGGGCGGCGCCUCGGACCAAGAAGGAAAAGGCCCUGUGCUGGGGGUCCCUAAUACAUCAGAGGACAACCCUGGUCUCCGUCCUAAUGGGGAUUGUGGUCCAGUGGCACGAGGCGUGGAAGCGCCAGAGGAGGUCGGAGGAGGGGACGGUGGCCGCGGGCUCGCCCGGCGCGCGCUCUACAGAGGCUUUCCUCUCGCUGUCGGUGGGACCUGCAGAGCACACAGCAAGAGGCUUGGACCACAUGCCUCAAAUCCGGGGGGCCUCUCGCUGCCCCCCGCCCCCCACGGCGUGUGCCGAAAGAUGAAGAAAAGCGGGGCGCCCACCUUGACAGCCGCUCAUAGCCCAAGGCCCAACGCGCAGAGAACGUCAUCUGCAUCCUUGCUCUUAGCAGAGAAGGAAAACCAACAGGGGGACGCGAAGAAAAGCCCACGGCUCGCGCCGAGGGCGGGGGCGCGCUUUCCCGAGGGAAGGAGGCGACGGCUCUCAAUCCGGCGGCGGCGCGCCCCCUGCUGGACGCGAGGCCGUUCUGCAGCAGCGGAGCGUGGGCUAAGGCAGGCGGGGGAAGCCAGCUCAGCACCAGUCGGAACACGGAACGAGAACCGGGAAGCCAUGCUGUAAGGAAGCCCAAGUUCUCCUGCCAGGGAGAUGCCCAGUGUGGAGAGGCCCUGGAGAAGGCGAGAGAGCCCUUCCUGGGCAUUCCAGCUUCAGAGAAGCUCCCAGGUGAGUGAAGUCAUGUCAGUGACCCUGCCUGACAUCACAGAAGAACUGCCGAAUCGACCCACAGAAUCAUGAGAAAUAAUACACUGGUGUUUCAAGCCCCCAGGUGGAGUGGUUUGUCACUCAGCAACAGAUAACUGAAAUAGCACCAUAUUUAUGGGACGACGGGAAGGAACCAGGGGAGAGAUGCUGAUUCAAGACAGAGG